AUGGCCCACCAUUAUGAACCCUGGCUACGGACGGCGUCACCUAGUGGCAGUGCAGAAGAAAUGAACAUCCCUUCUUGGUGGGACCUCCAGAGGGAUGUUCAGUCUGGAAAUUGGAUUGAUCUCCACACAGGGCAUGUUGCUGACUUACCCUCCGUGAAUACAGGAAGCACUAUGGGGCUUCAGUCCGCUUUAGGUUCCUAUAGUUCCGACCCGCAACUGUGCUCCUUGCCUUUAACUCAACAUGUACCAGCAUCACACAUGCCUCUCUUCCCUCCGGAUGGCUUCAAGAUGGAACCUGUAGCUCCUGGUAUCUUGCACCAAGAAGCAUUCGCGCUGGAGGAGCCCCGGGAGAAUGUCGUGUCAGGCCGGCCAAAGUCCCAGAGGCGUUCUUCUUCCAGAGGUGCUGGCCUAGCCGUGUGCCGCUGUCCUAACUGCGUUCACGCUGAGCAACUGGGCCACGGCACGGAUGACACCAGGAGGAAGCACAUGCACAACUGCCACAUACCCGGUUGUGGCAAAGCCUACGCUAAGACCUCUCAUCUGAAGGCUCACCUAAGGUGGCACAGCGGGGACAGGCCGUUCGUCUGCAACUGGCUUUUCUGCGGCAAGCGUUUUACACGUUCUGAUGAACUGCAGCGCCAUUUACAGACGCACACCGGUACCAAGAAAUUUAGUUGCGCAUUAUGCCCUCGGGUGUUUAUGCGAAAUGAUCACUUGGCCAAGCACAUGCGCACACACGAGUCUCCGGCUGGGCAUGGGGACGAGAGCUUGAACGGCGAGAGCAAUGGUUUUGAUUCGCCCACACCUCCUCAGUCGUCAUCAAACAUGCCUGCACCUGACACCGCACAGCCUCCACUGAAGCUGAAAUGUGAGACAGACCCCGUCUCCAGUGUAACUGGGUAG